AGCUAGCUACUUUUUGAUAGUAACUUGUAGUGUAGCUAGCUACUUUUUCAUAAGGGUAGUGUAACAGAGAGACGAGAGGCGAGUGGAUCCAUACGCAGACUUUUAUUAAUGGGACGAGACAAAGACAUGGUCAAGGCAGGCGGGGUCAGACAAUGGCAGUCAGGUAUAUGGACAGUGAGACAAAGAGUAUCCGUAACACAGGCGAGGGUCAAUCCAGCGGCGAACGUAAUCCGUAUGGCCGAGGCAGUAGAGUAGUCAGACAGGCGAGAGUUAGGCAGGCAGCGAGACAGACUUAACGAUACAACAAGGCAAAACAAGAAAACUAGACACAUGAUAACACGGAGAAACGCUUUGUACGAAUGAAUAAACAAUUCAAUAGAGAUGGGGAGUCGACUCCAAAAGAGUCGAUUCCUCGACUCUCACUAGCCCUAGUGUCGGAAUCGACUCCAGGUCAGGAAUCGACUCCCAGUGUCGAGUGUUUUUUUCAAGUUCAACACAGCAACAGUUCAUUAUAACGAAAAGAUUAUAAUGAAUGUAAAGAUACAGAAAUUAAAACAAAAAGAUAAAGAAAUGAGAGGAAAAAAUAAGUAAUGCCAGGAAAACAAAGAACAAUAAUGUAUAGAUAGUUUUUUUCUGUUGGGUCUGUUUUGCGGCUCAAUCAUGAUGUGGUUCAAUACAGUCAAUUGGUUGUGAUUGGCACAAAACACUGCAGUAGGUUUUACGAACCAAUCAUGUACCAGUCCUCAGGGUGAGUGGGACAUGCCCAUAAUUGGCAAGUGAUGGUUGAUUGAGUGAUACUGUUGAGUGAUGACUGUUUUUGAAUCCAGUAACGUUAACUUAUAAUGGCAACCCCGACCUCAGCCGUGUGGAAAUAUUUCAACCAGACCGAAGACAAAACUAAAGUUCGUUGUGAUAUUUGUAAACGUUGUUUAAAAUUCAACAGUUCAACGUCGUGCAUGUGGAAACACUUGAAAGCGUUUCAUCGAACAGAACUCGCAAGUCUUCAACGGCCAAGCACCACUGCCAGUCAAGAUGAGAUGGAUGAGGUAAACGCUGUAACGCUAGUUAUAUGUUUUCCUGUACAGUCCCAGAUAAAUAUUUAAUUAAGAUAAAACACAUAAUUCAGCUAAUGAAAUGUAAAUCCAAAUAAGGAGUUUAUUUAUGAGUUAAUGUCCAUAUAUAUCAAAUUUAAAUGACAGUAAAAUCACCUACAACCCUUACAAAAAUACGUCACUUUUAGAAUAAGAUUAGACAAGAUGGUGGGCCUUGGUUUAAUUUCCCCUUUCCCACCCACACCAUGUAAUGUGUAGUAAUAUGAAAGAUAUUGUAUGCAUUUUUUCAUCUGACCAUGUGCAGACAUUUUGUUUGUUAGGGAGCUGAGUCAGGAAACUGUCCUCCACCAGCUAAACGUCCGAUUCAGACAGUUAUGCACCAGUAUGCUAUUAAGGAUCCUUAUCUACGUGAGUUUUUAUGUAAUAUAGGGAGUACUUCCACUACUUUUGUGACUACUUGCACCAGGCUAGUUGCAUAAACUGCUUAGACUAGUCUUACAUGGUAGUCAAUUAAUUUUUUUCUUCAAGACUGGUCAUAAUUUUGUUAAGUCUGUUACAUUAAAAGGAAGAUUGGUCUAUUUUAAAUUACAAAGAUAAAACUAAUUAGCCCUAAAUAAUUUCUAGUUGUUCAGACUAGUUUUUAAGACACAGUCUUAAACUAUUUGCUGGGUUCUGUUUGAGUCAAACUAUAGAUUAAUGUAUAUAUUUAUUCUUGUGAAGGCAGAUUAUUUUUGCUAUUUAGGGCUGUCAGUAAUUUUCUUUUUUAUUGAACAGGCUUUAGUACCAAUUAUUUAUGUGACAUAGUUCUAUACAAUUAGUGUGAAAUAACUGAACUUUUAAUCUUUUUCUUGCAUUGCAGCUAACAGCAUUCCAAAGAAAAGGCUUGAUAACAAGCUCCUCAAAAUGAUGGUGAAAGACAUGCAGCCUUACAACAUUGUCAAUGAUGAGGGGUUUAGAGAGUUUGUUUAUGCUUUAGAUCCAAGGUAUCAACUCCCAUCAAGAUCAACACUAAUUAGAAACCUCGAAGAACAGUAUGAUACCACCAAGACUUCUUUGAAAAAGAAAAUGGAGGAAGCUGAUCACAUAUCUGUCACCACAGAUAUGUGGACAUCUAUAAACACAGAAGCAUACUUGGCGGUCACAGCACACUUUAUUAUCGAUGACAGCCUCAUGUCAUGUUUAUUGGACGUACACAGGUUCCCACAGAGGCACACUGCCGAUGAAAUAGCAGCAGCUCUUCAUGAGAUUUUUAGGGAUUUUAACAUUGAAAACAAAGUUGGGUGCGUUGUGACGGACAAUGCUGCCAACAUGGUAGCCGCUGUAAAAAAACUUGUUUUAAGGCACAUGCCUUGUUUCGCACACACCUUAAAUCUUAUAGUGAAGGAUGGCCUGUCUGCAGUUGCUGAGCUAACCGAAACCAGAGAGAAGGUGAAGAGAAUUGUUGGACAUUUUAAGAGCAGCUGUGUCUCUAUGGAGAAACUUUCAAAAUAUCAGCGGGAAAUGAAGCUUCCAGAGUACAAACUUGUACAAGAAGUUGAAACCAGGUGGAACUCCACAUACUUGAUGCUCGAACGCUUCCUAGCCGUUAAAGUCCCACUGUCUGCUGCCUUAUCAACAAUAGAUGCUGGACUGCCAGUCCUCUUCAGCUCUGACUGGGAUGCGAUUGAAAGUGCUGUGAGGAUUCUCCAUCCAUUCUUUCAGGUAACAGAGGAGAUCUCUGCAGAGCUCAAUGUAACAGCAUCCAAAUGCAUUCCUAUGGUUCGAAACCUACAGAAGGUCACCACAAGUAUGAUGCAGCAACAAGAAAAAGGUAACAUUGGAUAUCGUCUUGCAGAAGCUCUGAAUGGUACCCUUCAGCGUAGAUGCAGUGCCUAUGAGACUUCACGUCUUCUGUCAAAAGCAACCAUCCUCGAUCCGCGCUUCAAAACACUCGGAUUCAUAAGUCCACAGAAGGCUGAUGAGGCUGUGAAGAGCCUCUCAUCUGAAGGUGCAAUGUUUGUUUUAGAAGGACAGGCACAAGCAUCUACACCUUUAGCUUCUUCAACAGCAAAUGAACUUUGGCAUGAUUUUGACACUCAGGUUUCAUCACAAAAUCCUAGACAAGAUUUUUUAACUGAACUCAAACUGUACCUGGCAGAGCCCAACAUUGUUCGAACAGAAUGUCCUAUCCAGUACUGGAGUGCGAAAGAAGCAAAGUUUCAUUUGCUUCGUGAACUUGCAAGAAAAUACCUCAGUGUGCCAGCUACCUCAGUACCAAGUGAACGGGUAUUUUCAAAAGCUGGAGAACUAAUCUCAAAAAAACGGUCAAGGCUUCACCCGAAACAAGUUCAGAUGACACUCUUUCUGAAUAGCAAUAUGCCGUAGCAUCUUUUUAAAACAAGGAUACACCUUUGUUUGCCUUACAUCUGAAUGACAAUUUCUGAACAGUAAAACAUUUGACUGAUUUGUAUAUUUUAUUAUAUUUAUUAUAUUUUAGUAUAUUAAAAUUUAGUUUUAGGUUAAAAUAAGUUGUUACAGAGAGUAAAAAUGAAGGUAAAUGAAAAUCUGUGAUCUUAAGAUUAAUAAUAAAUGUUUAUACUGCAAGUAAUUCACCUCUCAUUUUCAAAACAAUUGAUGCUGUUAUACAUUGGCAGGUUUUGCAUAUUUAUGAAUAAUAUAUGAUGUAUUAUAGUAUGUGUAGCAACGCUGUGUUCAUGAAAUGCAAAAACGGCAAUAAAACUGGUAAUGUGUUGCAAUCAGUCAUU